UGCAUAGUUGGUUAUUCGCGGACGGCGGGGACUCAAACUGCUCAGAAGUGAAUAAAGGAAGCACAGGGAAAUAUUGGGGCGAUUUCGUUUGAGCAACUUGUAUCGCUGCUGUAAUAAAUUACAGCUAGCCCUUGCCAGGUGUAAUGUAAGGUUUCGGGAAUGUGUUGUUAAGGUCUGUGUGUGAGUUCAGCUCUGGUCAUCAUUACGCACGGGAGGAAUCCCGCUCCAGCAGCGACAAGACAACGUUGAGAACAGGUACUUUGCGAAGACGGUUGAGGAACAGUAGCAGAAGAGAGAAGAAAAGAGAAGAGAGAAGAAAACCUCCACUCAUCAUGAAGACUGGAGGAGAAAAUCCUGAUCCUUGGGAGAGGAGCCAGGGUGAGAGGCUGUCCGGGAGCUCCGCUGGAAGUCAGGGGAGGAUUAGGCUGUCUCUAGCCCACCCAGGGCUGCUGCUUCUGGGGAUAGUACUGCUGGUCGUCCUGCCCUCUGGAGAAAGUGUCAAACAGAAUGUACCCAGAGUCAAACUCAGCUACAAAGUGCUGAUCCAGGGUGGUAGUGUAUCAGUGUUCCUGAGUCCUACUGACGGUCUCCAUUCCCACUCUGUGUUGUUGGAUGAGGAGAGAGGCAGGCUGCUGCUGGGAGCCAAAGACUCAGUCUACCUACUGGACCCUGACAACCUCAGCAGAGCCCCCAGGAAGAUCAGCUGGCCAUCCUCCAGAGACACAGUGGAGAUGUGUAAACUGGCAGGCAAGAACGCUCAAUUGGAGUGUGCCAACUUUGUGCGUGUGCUCCAUAACUUUAACCAUACCCAUGUGUAUGCCUGUGGGACAGGAGCCUUCCACCCGAUAUGUGCCUUCAUUGAGAUCUCAGGACGCAGAGUGGAGGGUGUGUUCAAAUUGUUGUCUGGUACAGUGGAGUCCGGGAGGUUGAAAUGCCCUUACGACCCCUGGCAACCUUUCACGUCUGUCCUCACAGACCAGUUCAUGUAUGCUGGCACGGCAUCAGACUUCCUUGGUAAAGACACAACGUUCACCCGCUCCUUGGGCCCACCCCCCGACCAGCACUACAUACGUACUGACAUCUCAGAGGACUACUGGAUCAACGAGGCCAGGUUUGUAUCAGCCCAUCCUGUGUCAGACACCUUCAACCCAGACGAUGACAAGAUCUACUUCUUCUUCCGCGAGUCAUCACGAGACGGCAACGAUAAGAGUGUCCUGUCCCGCGUGGCACGCGUCUGCAAGAAUGACAUGGGAGGGUUGAGGAGUCUGACCAAUAAGUGGACAACGUUCCUCAAAGCCAGACUGGUGUGUUCCAUCCCUGGACCUGACGGAGUGGACACGCACUUUGACGAGCUCCAGGACAUAUUCCUGCUCCCCACCAGAGAUGAGAAGAACCCUGUUGUGUAUGGAGUCUUCACCACCUCCAGCUCUGUGUUCCGCGGCUCGGCAGUGUGUGUGUACAGCAUGGCUGACAUACGAGCUGUGUUCAACGGACCCUACGCUCACAAGGAAGGACCUGACCAUCGCUGGGUAGAAUACGAGGGGAGAAUACCUUACCCUCGCCCUGGAACGUGUCCCAGUAAGACGUAUGAUCCCAGGAUAAGGACCACUAAAGACUUCUCAGAUGAGGUGGUCAGCUUCAUCCGCUUCCACCCCCUCAUGUUCCGCUCCGUCUACCCCCUGACCAGCCGACCCGUGUUCACGCGUGUACGUGUCGACUACACACUGACACAGAUAGUGGUGGACCGCGUCAUGGCUGAGGACGGACAGUAUGAAGUCAUGUUUCUGGGGACAGAUGCUGGGUCAGUUCUAAAGGUGGUGAGCAUUACUCAGGAGAACUGGUCUACUGAGGAGGUGAUUCUGGAGGAGCUCUCAGUGUUCCAGGCUCCCACUCCCAUCCUGAGUAUGGAGAUCUCUUCUAAACAGCAACAGCUGUAUGUGGGUUCGGGGGCUGGGCUAGCCCAGGUGUCCCUGAGCAGGUGUCACCUGUAUGGUCAGGUGUGUGCAGAGUGUUGCCUUGCCAGAGAUCCUUACUGCGCCUGGGACGGACACACCUGCUCACAAUACGUCCCAGCAUCCAAGAGGAGAGCCAGAAGACAAGACAUCAAACAUGGAGACCCAUCCAGCCAGUGUUGGGACACAGAGGACACUCUGCGUGGAGGCAGGGUGGAGGAGAGGACAAUGUUUGGGGUGGAGAAUAACUCCACCUUCCUGGAGUGUCUCCCCAAAUCACAACAGACCACCACACGCUGGUUCAUACAUAGACCUGGAGCUGAACACAGAGAGGAGGUGAGGCCAGAUGACAGAGUGGUCCAUACAGGCCAAGGUCUCCUCAUUCGCUCUCUCCAUCCUGCCGAUGCCGGCAUGUACGUGUGUAUGGCACAGGAGCACACACACUUCACACACACUCUGCUCCGCCUCACGCUGCGCCUCAUUUCUUAUGGGCAUCUUGACGGGCGGCCAAAGCCCAGCAAGGUCCCCAGUGUUGAUGUUCGCCCCGGGGGAGAGUCUCGUCAGCGCUAUAAGGACUACCUGCGUGUGAUGAGUUCUCCCAUUGGCUCGCUGGAGGAGUACUGUGAUUCGCUUUGGCUGGAGAAGAGGCCGGCCAAUAGGAGAGGUGGAAGAGGGCAGGGGGUGGGGAAAUGGAAACACAUCCAGGAGCUGAAGAAAAGCAGGAACAGGCGACACCACGGAGAGAGGAAUGGAGAGAGGAAUGGAGAGAGGGAUGGAGAGAGGAAUGGAGAGAGGGAUAAAGAGAUGGAGCAGUAUGUUGGCACAGUGACUAAGAUAGCCAUGAAGAAACCUCCCCACCAGGCCGAGAUUAGAGCCUCAGAUGCCUCCAUCUGUCCCCCUGUCUCUACCAUGCUUCUGCCCAGCCAGGGACAGCCUCGGGUGGGCCACGUAGAUGGGCUGGGGCCCUGGAGGUCUGGACGACCAGAGUGGAGAGGCAUGGGGGCAGAGAGGCAGUGGGCAUAG